AUGAAGAAGAAGAAGAAGAAGAAGAAGAGCAAACCAGCCGACGAGCUAUGUAAGCUGAUCGACGGCCAGAGAGGAAGAAGGCGAGAGGAAGAAGAGGAAGAAGUCGAAAAGCAGAAGAAGUAA